GGUAUGCCAGGGUACUGCAUCACCAUGAAGAGGAUACUAGUGAUGAUGCUGGUUGCCAUAACGGCUGUCAGGUGUAAGAAGUUGACAGAGGAGCGGAAAGUCAUAAUUGUCGGCGCGGGCAUCGCUGGUAUCGCCGCCGCCAAAACUCUUCACGAGAACGGAGUGGACGAUUUCGUCAUCCUGGAGGGGUCCGACCGAAUCGGGGGAAGGAUGAGACAGGUGGAAUUUGGCGGGGUAAAAGUUGAAAUAGGGGCCAACUGGGUGCAAGGCCUCGGGAAUAACCCAAUCUGGGAGCUGGCGCAAAGAUACAACUUCUCAGGAAAGAUAUCCAACUACGAUGACGUCAUCAUUCGGAACAAAACAGGAAGUGACGUCACCGAGCAGGCGGAAGGAGCAUGGGAGAGGCUGGGAACGGCACAGGAGUCCCUGAAGGCUUUGAGGAAAAAGAUUCGCGAAAACAAGCUGCCAGACGUAUCCAUGCGAGUGGCACUGAAACUGGGAGGUUGGAAACCGAAGACCCCGAUAGAGAAGGCCAUAGAAUAUUUUGAUUAUGAGUUUGAAUACGCAGAUCCACCGGAAGUGACGUCACUGAACAAUACUGGUAGGAAUUCCGAGGACUUUACGGACGAGGAAUACUUUCUCACUGACCAGCGGGGGUUCGGACAUAUUGUGGACAGGUUGUCGUCCGAGUUUUUGUCCCCAAACGACACCCGGCGCCAGUUGAACAAAGUCGUCCAGACGGUGAACUGGACGGACGCAGGCGUGACGAUCACCACGGUAGACGGCUCCACGUACCGAGGGGAGUACGGGCUGAUGACGGUCAGUGUCGGCGUGCUGGAGAACGAGGUCAUCGACUUCACACCUGAUCUGCCUUCCUGGAAGGUUGAAGAGAUUUACCAGUUCAGGAUGGGGCAGUACUGCAAGAUUUUCCUGAAGUUUCCACGCAAGUUUUGGGACAACAGUGAGUUCAUCCUGUACGCAGGGUCCCUGUGGCCACAGUAUGCCAUAUGGCAGAACCUCGAGGCGCCGGGGAUAUUCCCAAACGGCACCAAUAUUCUGCUGGUUACGGCUGUGGCUUCCGAAGUCCAGCGGAUCGAGCUUCAGUCUGACGAGGCGACCCAACAGGAGGUGAUGGCCGUCCUCAGGAACAUGUACGGCAACAACAUCCCCGAGCCGGAGAGCAUACUAGUACCCAGAUGGCUGACUAACCCACUGUUCUUCGGUGCCUACUCCAACUGGCCUAUUCACGUGACUGCGCGGGACUUUCAGAAGCUGGCUGCGCCGGUGGGACGUCUGUACUUCGGAGGGGAGGCAACUCACCCGCGGUACAACGGCUACGUACAAGGAGGGUACCUCUCCGGGAUAGACCAGGCCAAUGCCAUCCUCAAAUGCAUGCAGAAAGGAAUCUGCCAGUCUUACCGACCUGACGUGAGCAAGGGAACAUCAGUCGCUCCAGCAGUCUUUGCCGUCCUACUCCUGCUAUUGCUGGCAGCCAUACUUGUCGUUUACGGGUAUAUAUAAAUGAGGACGACAGUCUACGUCCUAGCGGAAAAAUGACUGUCGUACGAUUAAAAACGGGCAUUCGCGGGAUAGUCGUGCAAAAUUCAGCAGCCUUGUCACCAACCUUAAUCCUUGUCGGUAAUUGGUUGUAUCAAAGCCCGCUUGAAAUUGAUACCAUAUGACAAUAAUAUCUGUUCAAGAAAGUUUUACACUUUAACAUUAUUCUUUACAUAUGGCCUUGCAAUUGAUUGCAUGUGUUUAGCGGCAAAAUAUUAUCGCAUAUUCUUUAAAAUGUCUGCUGAAAGCACGUUACGUGUACGUGUGUUUUUUUUCUGAUGAUCUAUGUUUUAUAUCCUAAUAACUUCAAUUACAUACCAUGUAUUGAUCAAGAAUGGCGUUACAAUCUAUAUUUUCGUGGUGUUGUGAAGUAUUUUCUAUUGGUUUUAUCAAAUUCCAUUACAUAUUUUAACGUUAGCCUUUCCUACCGUGGCGUUGAAAUACAUGCAAUUAAAGUAUGUGCAUUUCUAGUUCGUAUUCUUUAUUGAAGUAAAAGUUGCUGAAUGUAUAAUACUAGUAACAGAUAGUUUUGAGGAAAUACAGAAAGCCCGGAGCUCUCAUGUUUCUAUCAUGUAAUGUUUCACAUUACAAUGGUCGAUAAACAAU